AUGACCAGGAGACCUUAUUUGCUGGAUUAUAUGGAGGAGGAGGGGGAGGCGCGGGAAUGGCGAGUAGAGAUUACGGCUAUUUGGAACGGUUUCACGACCUCGCAAAUGGUGACCAUUCGAUUCGACGAUGGUAAUGAGUUUGCUGGGAACGAUGGUAGUGUGGGUGAAAGAGAGCGAAAUUUCGAACGAUUCUUCGAGUUUGAUUUACCCGAAGAUCCGGGAAAUCCUCCACUUCCCGCUGCUGCUGGUAAAACUUCACAAGUAGAACACGGUGAUCUCGUAUCUCAGCCGGGAAGCAGCCGAGGUCGUUUUGUUGGUAUCGUACGCAUGGAGGAGGCAAGCAAUCGCAUUCUUCGAACCACCAACGGGGAACAACGGGCGGCGGAUUUGCCCGGGAAUUCUGGCGGCCAGAAUUCCCGGGAAUUGGAAUGGGAAUACCAAAUUGAACCGUCGGAAUGGAGUCAAGCGUUUGAAAUCGACACCCGCACCGGAACGCUGAAGACGGCCGCAGGCCGUAGAAGAUGGAUUGAUUUUGAGGAGGUGCAACACAUCGUGUUGGUGGUAAUCGCUACGAGACACUCAAAUAGAACACAGUCAACGGAUCCUACGAUGAAAUCACUACGAGUAUCGUCGAAGUCUGAACAGAAGUCACAAACGCCAGAAGCCAAUCGAGCCCGAGCCCGAGCCCGAGCCCGAGCCCGAUCUGCUACUUCAACUCGAACAGCGGCAAUACGACGGCGGAUUUGCGUGCAUCUACAAAUUCUGGAUGUCAAUGAUAAUCGGCCUAAAUUUGUGGUG